CAAAGGUUGCAGAAUAAUAUAUAAAUGAAUUGAUUUUCUUUCAUUUCACUCACCCCUUCAACUACCCCUAUUCAAUAUUCUGUAUUCUAUAUUCCAAUUCUAACGUUUUGCUUAUCAUCCUCUCAAGCUUUGUUGCAAGAGGAUUUCUUUCACUUGUGAUUGAUGGUCGUUCAACUCUUCAACAUACCAAUCAUAAUGGAUGAGAAGGUGGAAACUCUUAAAGAGGAGUUACAACGAUUAAGAGAGGAGAAUAACACCCUAAGAUUGAUGCUUGAAGUUCUGAACAGCAAGUGCACAAAGCUUGAGACCCAUGUACAAGAGACAAACAAGGCAAAACACGAGGGCUUGAGUUCUUCAAAUCAAAUAGGGUCAGUAACAGUACCUAUCCUUGAUACAAACAAGAGACCGAGACUAGAGUUUCCCACAGCAAAAAAGCCAUUACAAAUCUUUGUCAGAACACACCCUAAGGAUGAUAGUUUGAUAGUAAAAGAUGGCUAUCAGUGGAGGAAGUAUGGGCAGAAGGUCACCAAAGACAAUGCUUCACCUCGAGCUUACUUCAGGUGCUCUAUGGCUCCUAUUUGCCCAGCCAAAAAGAAGGUGCAAAGAUGCAUACAUGACAAGUCUAUUCUUGUUGCAACUUAUGAUGGAGAGCACAACCAUGGUGCCAUUCAUGAAUCAUCUUCAUCCACACAAAAACACAACCAUGGUGUCAUUCAUGAGUCAUCUUCAUCCACACCAAAAGGGUCACCAGUGGUUAAUAAGUUGCCUCUGACAAGCAUACCAAAUGAUAAAGAAGCCAUGAACAUUGACUUGGCUCUUUUUGGGUGGUCUCAAACAGAUACGAGACAUUGUGAAGAUGUCAUGCAACAAAAAGACCAAGGAAGCAACAUCAAAAUUGAAGAAUAUGUAAGUUCUCUAGUCAAAGAUCCUGGCUUCACCUUGUCAUUAGCUGAAGCAGUUGCCCGCACCAUCACUGGUCAGCAAAAGCAACAAGGUCUAAACCUCAAUUUGGAUCUUCAGGAAGAGUGAAGUCAAUCAUUUUUUCCCCAACCCCACAAAACCCCCCAUAGAGAAAAUGCAAGUGUAAAGAUGAAUUUUAGUUCAGUGAAUUAUAGGCUUGUAGCACUGAAAGAGUGAGGAAAACUUAGUUUCCCAUGCAUAUUGCUAGAUUGGAAAUUUAAGUGUAAGUUUACAGUUUUUCCUUAGUUUCUUUACUUCUAAAUUUCAUUUGAUCUUUUGUAAGACGAAAUAACGACUCAAAUGAGACACAGGCGUUGGACAUUA